AUGCAGAACUGAGUUCCACACAGGUGUUUGCUGCAUACUCACCGACAGCUGAAACGUGCGUGUCGGCGGACGCCUCAUCGUUUGGACUAGGAGGGGACCUAACUCAAUAGCAGCCAGAUGGAACAUCGAGACCCAUUGUGUUCAUCUCGAGAGGUAUGUCUGAUACCGAAAAACACUAUGCACAAAUAGAGAAAGAAGCUCUGGCAGCUACGUGGGCAUGUGAGCGUCUGUCCUCCUAUCUCAUCGGACUGAAAUUCAGAUUAGAGACAGACCACAAGCCACUAGUGCCAUUGCUAAGCACCAAGGCUCUCUACAAACUUCCCCCGAGAGUGCUGAGAUUUAGACUGAGGCUGCUGAGGUUUACUUAUGACAUUGUACAUGUGCCAGGUAAAAGCUUGAUAACUGCUGACACAUUGUCAACAAGGGCCCCUAUAGAGCAUACUUUCACACAGGAGGAAAGAGAGAACGAGGCUGCGGUCACCGUGUUCGUGGAUGCGGUCACUCAGUCUUCCUGCCACAGAGCCCAGAUUGAAAGAAAUUAUAGAGAGACAGAAAACCGACCCGGUCUGUGCGAAGCUGAUCAGGUACUGUGAGAUGGGGUGGCCAGAAAGACAUAUGCUCCCCCCAGAGCUGUCCCCCUUCUGGCCUGAAAAGGGUAACAUCACAGUGACUGGACAGCUACUUCUCAGAGGCCAAAGGAUUGUGAUCCCACGUGACAAGAGACGGGAGAUUCUUCAUAAUCUCCACCGUGGGCACCAAGGGAUCGUAAAAUGCAGAGCAAGGGCCCGCCAGUCAGUUUGGUGGCCAGGACUGUCUGUCCAAAUCAGUCAGAUGGUGGAAAACUGCAGCACGUCGUGCUCACAGCAUAGGGCAGAACAGCGAGAACCGUUGCUGACCACACCUGUGCAAGAUAGACCCUGGAAACGAGUCGGCUCAGACUUGUUUUUCUGGGAAAAUGAGACAUAUCUUCUUGUAGUGGACUAUUAUUCACGGUACAUAGAGGUAGCCCAUCUCAAGGUAGCUUCAGCGGUGACUGUUGUAGCUGCCCUCAAGGAUGUUAUCGGUCGCCAUGGAACACCAAAGACUGUCGUUUCUGACGAUGGGCUGCAAUACAGUUGUUCACUGUUCGAGUCCUUUGCCAUGGAGUAUGGGUUUACUCAUGUCACAAGUAGCUCCAGAUACCCCCAGGCAAAUGGCGAGGCGGAGCGGGCGGUGGCCACAGUUAAAGGAUUGUGGAAAAAAGGAGGUGACAAAGCAAAAGCGCUAGACAUAUCGGGCUACACCGUUGGAGAGUGACUACUCCCCAGCACAACUUCUUAUGGGAAGACAAAUUCGCUCCGACAUACCACAACAUCCAGCAACGCUCCGUCCUCAGUGGCCGAACAUCAAGGGCUUCAGAAGGUCUGAAAAGCAGGCGAAGGAGGACCAACAACGCCGUUACAACUUGCGUCACAGAGUUCGCUCCCUGCCACAACUGCCGCCAGGUCAGGACGUGUGGCUGACAAGAGAGAGGAAGCAGGGCACCGUCAUUCAGAAGGCGGUAACACCUAGGUCCUACCUCAUUCUCACUGAUGAAGGACAGCUCAGGCGUAAUCGCACCCACUUGCGCCCAGUACAAAAUACACAGCCACAGACAACGCCAGACACAGAAGAAAUACCUGAUACAGGCCUGAUACAGGCCUGAUACAGACACACCCACUGCCACUACUUGGGAAUCAAAGAGCCACACACAUACAGAGGCAAAUAACACAUGUGACCUCAUCAGGUCGUGUCUCAGGCCCGCCGCGGCGUCUGGAUCUCUAAGGACUGUUGGACUGUGGUAUGAGCUGUUGAAGAGGAAAAACAGUGAAAAGUUGUGCACUUUUUAGAUUUAAGUUCUCUGUUUAUGUUUACAGCUUUAUGCUUUAUGUGAUACCUGUAAGAGGGUUUAAGUUCUCUGUUUAUGUUAACAGCUUUAUGCUGUAUGUGAUACCUGUUGGAGGGUUUAAGUUCUCUGUUUACGUUUACAGCUUUGUGCUUUAUGUGAUACCUUACAAGAGUGUUACUAAGGAACCUGCAAUAUUAAGCUUUAGGUAAUAUAUAGUUAUAUAUGUUGAGAUAACUAUCCGAGUUAACAGUGAACCAUGUUUGUUAUUGGAGGGAUUUCUUACUUAAGGGGUAGAUGUUGUGUAAAGAAUAUAGCGGAGAUGUAGGUUGUUGCACGGACCCGUUUAGAAGGGACACAGGACUUCCGGGAUUGGAGAGUAAACACGUUGAAUGCAGCUCCGUCUCUGUCUACUUCAUUAACCCUAGCCUAACGUAACAUGACCCAUUGUUGUUAUUAUGAUAUUGAGACAGUCAUGAUCAGUGUCCUAUAGCGUCCAUUUUUUGUGAGUCUCAAUGUCUACUUCAAAUGCAGUUAGAAAUAUGGGACAGUUGCUUCAUUUUGUUUAUAUGCUACAGGCCGAAAGACUAAAUUAAUAUGUAACUUACUUGCUCCUUUUAAGUAUAACAUUGCUUCGGGAGUCCAAAUCCUCCACUGAAAAGGGCGGAAAGUUAGCCUGGGGCACACACUGGUGCGACCCGAGGGCGAAUUUCCCUAGCGCCCUCUAUUGACCCACCCCCACUGCCUACAAUACUCUUUUGUUAAUAUAAUAUUUUCCCUGUGAUGCUCAUGAUAAUGUUUAAUCCUGCCUCAUUUGGAUUGGAUUGGAGGUUGGCUAUGUGAUUGGAUCCAGUUCAUUAAUAUUAAACAACCCUCUGAUUUAAAAGGUCAUAGCAAAAUCUACCACAGAACUUGUUGGUGGCAAUAACUAAGAUGAUAGACCAAAAUGUAGUAAGAGAUUACUUGUAAAGUUAUGAUCUGUUUCAUAAUUGGAUGCGCUAUGGUAAAUAUUGAUAGGUGAGGCAAUAGAUUGCUUUUAGGCUUUGUUAAUUACUUUUAACAUUCAUACAUUGUCAAAGUGAAAAAAUGAACUCACGAAAUUUCUCUAUUCAAAUAACAGAAUUUGUUAUCGAGGGUUUUGAAAAAGUUGAAAGAAAAAUGGCAAUAGGUGUGGUGAUGUUAAUUGUUUAUGUUUUAAUCAUUUUAGCUAAUACACUCAACAUCGUAUUUGUCAUUUUAGACAAGAAACUACACAAACCAAUGUAUCUUCUGAUUUGCAAUUUGGCUGUUGUUGAUAUGCUGUAUAGUACAAGUUCAUGCCCAACUAUGAUUGGUGUAUUAUUGGCUGGUGCGAAUACGAUAUCCUAUGCGGCAUGUUUCAUUCAAAUGUUCAUCUUUCAGGUAGCUGAAACAAUGGAGCUGUUUGCUUUAGCUGUCAUGGCCUUUGAUCGCUUGAUUGCCAUCUCUUUUCCAUUGAGGUAUCAUAGCAUACUAACAAAUGUUCAUACCAUAGCCAUAACAUAUUUCCUUUGGGUCGCUGCCUGUGCCUUUGUCACCCUUAUGCCUGUGCUUUUGAUACCUAUGCCUCACUGUUCCAACAGGUUAACGUACGCUUUCUGUGACUUCCCCGCUGUUGUCCGUACCUCUUGUCUCAAUCCUUCGUAUUAUUUUAAUUUGGCCACAAUCGUAUUAUUCUUUUUAUUAUUUUUCACCUCUGGUUUCAUUUGCUUAUCUUAUGCGUGGAUUAUAUCUGUUGUUUUGAAGUCGUCUAAGAAUGAGACUAGAAAGUUGCUCAGUACAUGUUUCAGUCAUCUGAUUGUAGUGGUGUGUUACUAUGUGCCAUUGUUUGUGCGUGUUGUUUUCACCAGAAUCGGCCUGGUGUUGACGUUGGAGGAACGACAAGGUUUAAUGAUUGGGGCCAUUCUUGGUCCAUCUCUUGUAAAUCCCUUUGUGUACUGUUUAAGAACUAAAGAAAUAAAAAACAAGUUGUUCGGUAUAUUUAAGAAAGGAAAACCAAUACAAUAGGAUUGCAUUUUUGAAAUGCAUCUGCUCUAGCUGUAUUUUGUAUCCUGUAAUACAGUGGUUACAGUGGUUUCCAUGUA